AUGAUGAAGCAAAGCAUCGCAAGGUUAGCGGUGAGGAGAUCUUUAAGCACUUAUCAACCGCCGGUGGUGGAAAUCACGAAUAUCAAGAAGUUAUGGUUCACUUUACGACCGGAAGUUAGAGAUGAAAUCAAAGAGUACUUACGGUGGAGAAUGCAAGAAGAUUGGAGGCAUAUACCGCUAGAAGAGAUCAAAGCCGCGUAUUUCUUAUCUUACGGCCCCUGUGGUGGCAGAUCCAAGAACAAUCAAUGGAAUGUAGGGUACACCGGCAUGCGAAUGGCGUUCAAUCUUGUUUUGUUUGGUGGUGCUGCGACUGCGUUUUACAAUCGGAAACAAGACAGGAAGCUGGGGGAACAAUUGAAAAAUCUUGUGUAA